CAUGCUGUGGAAGGGGUAGUACUACAAGUUAACUAGAAAAUAGUACUGUUCCAGAAACUCGCUUUUCUCUACGUGUUCUGUACUCAUUCCAGGUCCCAGUUUAGAGUUAGAUUUACCACAUUGCCCCAAUUCCCAACAAACCUCUUACAAUCCCACCCAAGUUCUUCUCUUCUUAUUUUUCCUCUACCCUUUGCCACGCAUACCACUUCUGACCUCAUAAUCCCUCAACUGCAGCCUCAGGCCCCACCCCUAGGGAUGCUGGUUAUCCACAACUGCCAAUAGCUCUCUUCUAUACACCCGAUCUGGGCCUCCCUAGCCUAUGGGACCCAUCUGCUCCUCUGACCCCCCCCAACCCUAUGGGCCCACUUGGCCCCCAAGACCUUUAGAACGUCCUACUUCUGCAUGACUCAUCAGGCUUCUCUCUGAAGAUUGACACAAUCUUGAAAGCAUGUUCAUCUUCAUCAAACAUGGAGAUAAUCAGCAGUUUCUGGUCAAUAUCAAUUGCUCUAUCCUCCUGUUGCUACAUUACACCCGCGGUAAAGUGGGGUUGUCUAAAAGAGACAUCAUCGAUUUGUGUGAUGAAACGGGGACAAUGAAGUUGUUUUUCCUGAUGAAGACCCCUGGAGAGUACGCCAGCAAAUUCCUUACAGCCCGAAACACCUACUAUGUUUGUAAGGUGGAGCGUGGGCCACAAGGAACCCGACUUGAGCGUGCCUACAAAGCUUUUGUGCCCCUCCUGAAGAAUCCAGAGCCUGAGCUAAUAGAUGCGCUGCGCACACAAUGUGAAAUACUAGAGAGGAACCGAAUAAAGAUGCUUAGAAUCCAAGAAGCCAAGAAGGUCGUUGCAAUUGAAUCCUCCGUGAACCUUCCAUCUAAAGCAGGACGAGCAGAGGAAGAGGGUCCGCCUCGCAGAGGUCCGUCCCAUAGGACCAGAGUAGACUUUGUCAGCAGGAGGGAUAAACAUCGUUAACUAAAUAAACUGACCACACGAGAGCAGUAAUACUUGGUACGAAGUUACUGGAAUUUAAUGUGAGUUUCCUUUUUUCAGAAAGACUCCUUUCCCCAGGAUCUGCACCAAGGCUUAAGUAGCACCA